GACAGGGCUCAGUGUGAUCCCAGCGCUGCGCUCUGUUCCGUCCUCCUGCACAGUUUAGCUUUAGCUUAGCUUCCCCCCCUCGAGUUGUUGUCGCCUCUUCGGCACAGACCACUUUUAAAUGUAGGACCAGGACAAGAUGGCGGAUAUUUCGCUGCUUCAGGAAGAUUCUCAAGAGGAGAUAGACGGAUUUGGUGUGGAUGACUACAGCUCAGAGUCUGACGUCAUUAUUAUACCUUCAGCCUUGGAUUUUGUAUCGCAAGAUGAGAUGCUGACGCCCCUGGGGAGGCUGGAUAAAUACGUCACGAGUGAAAACAUAUUUAACAGACAGAUGGUGGCUCGCAGUUUGCUGGAUACGCUAAAAGCAGUUAGCGAGGAUGAGAGGGAUUGUAUUGCAGUCCUCGAGAGAGUCAGCAGACUUGCGGAGGACUCGGAGCCUACAGUUCGAGCUGAGCUUAUGGAACAAAUUCCCCAUAUCGCCAUUUUCUGCCAAGAAAACAGACCUUCCAUUCCCUUUGCUUUUUCAAAGUAUUUGCUGCCCAUUGUAGUGAGAUAUUUAGCUGACCAGAACAACCUGGUUAGAAAAACAAGCCAGGCAGCCCUUCUGAUGCUUCUGGAGCAGGAGCUGAUCGAGCGAGUAGACAUUGAGAAUCUUGUCUGUCCUGUCCUUGUUGAUCUCACCGCCCCAGACAGCAAUGAUGAUGUAAAGACUGAGGCUAUGGCAAUUAUUUGCAAAAUGGCGCCUAUGGUAGGGAAGGAUAUUACAGAGCGCCUCUUCCUUCCACGCUUCUGUGAGAUGUGCUGUGACUGCAGGAUGUUCCAUGUACGCAAGGUGUGUGCAGCAAAUUUUGGAGAUAUCUGCACUGUUGUUGGGGGAGAAACAACAGAAGAAUUACUGCUGCCACGGUUUUUCCAGCUCUGUUCGGAUAAUGUGUGGGGAGUGCGGAAGGCCUGCGCAGAGUGCUUCAUGACCGUGUCCUCGGCAACCUCUCAGGAAGUGCGCAGGACCAAACUCUCAGCUCUUUUCAUCAACCUCAUAAGUGACCCCUCCCGAUGGGUGCGGCAGGCAGCGUUCCAGUCUCUGGGCCAGUUCAUCUCUACAUUUGCCAGUCCAAGCACUAAUGUGGGCCAGUACUUUAAAGAGGGUACAGAGGAGGGUGACUGGAAAGCCCAGCAAUUGCACAAUCGGGCUGGCGACAAAUCCAAAAGCACUAACACACCUGCUGCAGAAGAAAAGAAAACUGGCCCCUCACAGCCUGCCUGCAUUUCCCAGAAUCCACCAUGCACUCAGGAGCAUUGUGAAGGCCCGCUAUGCCAGUCAGAACAGGACGGUGUGGACAUAGAUGUGGAGGGUGGAGGGGAGCAGGCAGCUGAAGCUUUAUCUCCAGAUGAGUCCUGUUGCCAUGUUGAUGCGGAUAGGCCCAGUCCAAAGUGCCUUUCUGAGCUGGCUGAUCUAGACGCAGAUAAAACAUCCAGGGAACCACGGUGCUCACCACCUGCGAGCUCCACAGCACAGCAGGACAGCCCAUCAAACACCUCAGAAGACCUCGUGAGUGAGAAUCCCACGCUAUCGAAACCAGACACCGCUGACGACACAGAGGUUCUUUCGAGUGCACUACCAAACCAUGUGGCAGAGAUACCGGAGCAGGAGCUGUAUAACUCAUUCCACUACUGGAGGACACCCAUCCCACAGAUAGACCUUGACCUGGAGCUGUUUGAGAAGAAGUGCAACACCGACGACAAGCUUUCUGCUACCUGCUCCUCUACCCAUAUCUCUACGCCAGCUUUGGACAGGAAGCAGCUGGAGGAGCUCAUUGAAAACCUGGAACCCCACAUUGAUGAUCCUGAUGUCAAAGCACAAGUAGACGUGUUGACUGCUGCUCUGAGAGCCACAUCGUUGGACACUCACGUUGAGGAGGCUUUCCUGGAACCUCAGCAGUCUCAUGAAAACCCUUUCAGCUCUUGCCAUGUCCCGCUCAUUGACUCUUCUGAUGUAGAGUCGUUUGUGUUUCAGAGCCGAGAAUCCACCCUACCCGUGAGUCAUGGUGAUGACUCGGAGUUGAGUGAUAGCAGCAGUCCAGAAGAUGAGAAAAAAUCCAAGCAACAGGAUGUAGUCCCUCAGGCGCUGUUGGAUCAGUACCUCUCUAUGACGGACCCAUCUCGGGCCCAGACGGUGGAUAUGGAGAUCGCCAAGCAUUGUGCAUACAGCCUGCCUGGUGUGGCGCUCACGCUGGGACGCCAGAACUGGCACUGCCUCAGAGACACCUUCGAAACUCUAGCCUCAGACAUGCAGUGGAAGGUACGGCGGACACUGGCCUUCUCCAUCCAUGAAUUAGCCCUAAUUCUGGGCGAUCAGCUGACUGCCGAAGACCUGGUGCCCAUCUUCAAUGGCUUUCUUAAGGACCUGGAUGAGGUGCGCAUAGGAGUCCUUCGCCACCUUUAUGACUUCCUCAAGCUGCUGCAUCAAGAUACAAGGAGGAAGUACCUCUAUCAGCUGCAGGAGUUCCUGGUUACAGACAAUAGUCGUAACUGGAGAUUCAGAUCAGAACUUGCAGAGCAGUUAGUCCUGCUGUUGGAGCUGUAUAGUGGGCAGGACGUGUAUGACUAUCUGAGGCCGCUGGCGUUCUGCCUCUGCAUAGACAGGGUGUCUUCUGUUCGGUGGACUUCCUACAGACUGGUCAGUGAGAUUAUCAGGAAACUUUCCACAUGUCCAGCGCUGUUGGUGGAUUUCCUUGGCGAGUUGGUGGAUAAAUUCUGCCACUCCCCGAAAUGGUCCGGACGUCAAGCUUUUGCUUUUGUGUGUCAGCUGGCUAUAGAGGAGGACUGUGUGUCAUUGGAUCAGUUCUCCGAGCACCUGCUGGCUCCUCUGCUGCAGCUGGCAUCUGACCCUGUGCCCAAUGUUCGUGUGCUGCUGGCCAAAACCCUGCGCCAGAGCCUGAUGGAGCGAGAAUAUUUCCUACACUCUGCCAACUCGCAUCAGGAGGCCCUGGAGCAGACUCUGGUCGCUCUACAGAUGGACAUGGACAAAGAUGUAAAAUACUUUGCCAGUGUACACCCAGGAAGCACACGCAUUAACGAGGACGCCAUGAGCACCACCUCCUCCACCUACUGAACACGCACAUACAACACCCCUAGCUUUGAUGAUGGUACAGGGGCUCGGACUGGCCUCUACCAUGGGCACAAAAACUGAGAUAUGUUUGCUUGGGGAGUCGCUUCAAUCAACUGUCCUUCCCUUAGAGCAACUCACUACAACAAAGAGUUUUUGUGAUAAUUAUUAUUAUAAUUUUUUUGCCACAGAAGCCUUACAAGUGUCUUCCUUAUAACCAGAGAAUACUUGAAUAUCUGGAGUCAAAACACCAACAAACUACAGUAAAAAAUAUCAGCAUAUCUUAGAACCAGGGAGUGGAUGACUACUAUUCUUUCACUCGUCCUCAUCUUCUCUUGUUGAUGGACCGUCAUUAUGUUUUUUCCCUCUACAACAAAGCAGGAACUGUCAGCUUCAUACAACCACAUUAACAGGAAAGUCUGUAGCACCGAGUGUUUCCCUAAUUUUAUCUUGUGUUCCAUUUUGAUACUGUACCGGGUGAUUGACUCAUAUGCUGCAGAUAUAUUCAACAUGGAGAGUGUAACCGCCUCAGCCUUUCCACAUGCCCUAGUCUGGGAGCUGUGGUUUGACGACGGACACGUUUCUUUUCUUUUUUUUUUUUUUUUUUCCUUCAAGGGCUUGAGCCGAUAUUGUUUUAAAGUUUAGUGCAGCACAUUGUUGUGCCUGCGGACAUGGGCUUUCCCUGGGACAAAGCGGGGAUCCAUGUCCUAUUGGAAAAUGAACUAUUGUAUUUUUAAACCAAAAUCAUAAGAGGUCCAUAUUUUUUUUUUUUUUUUUUUUUUUUUUUUUUUGCAGAGUAUGUAGAAAUUCAAUAUUGAAUCAGUGUGGUUGUUGCACAUCACUCUGGGGUAUUUUAACAUGAAAAUAAAAAGUGCUUCACUAUGAUCCAUGCAUCUCAUGUACUGUACAUAUCUUCCAGUUGUUGUUUUUUUCCAUUUUGAUCAGUGAUCAUGAAUAGAAUUGUUAUAUGUUCUCCUAACCUGUCCAGAAUAAAAGUUCAGAUGCAGUU